AUGGCAUUCUCCUUCCAAUUCUACAAGGCUGCUCUCCUGCUGGGCUCUAUCCUGGGCUCCGUCCAGGCCCAGAAAGUCGGCACCCAGCAGACAGAGACUCAUCCGUCCCUGACCUGGCAGACCUGCACCAGCAGUGGCAGCUGCACCACCAACAAUGGCAAGGUUGUCAUCGACGCCAAUUGGCGAUGGGUGCACACCGUUGACGGCUACACCAACUGCUACACUGGCAACAAGUGGGACACGUCCAUCUGCUCCACCAAUGCCGAAUGCGCGACGAAGUGCGCCGUCGACGGUGCCAACUACCAGUCGACAUACGGCAUCACCACCAGCGGUGACUCGCUGCGUCUGAACUUCGUUACCGCGAGCCAGCAGAAGAACAUCGGCUCUCGUCUCUACCUCAUGAAGGACGACAACACCUACGAGAUGCUCAAGCUCCUCAACCAGGAGAUUACCUUCGACGUGGACGUCUCCGCGCUGCCCUGCGGUCUGAACGGCGCCGUCUACCUCGUCAACAUGGACGCCGACGGUGGCAAGGCCAAAUAUUCUACCAACGAGGCCGGCGCCAAGUACGGAACCGGAUACUGCGACUCGCAAUGUCCCCGCGAUCUCAAGUUCAUCAACGGUCAAGCCAACAUGGAGGGCUGGGUCGGCUCAGCCAACGACGCCAACUCGGGCGUUGGUAACAAAGGCUCCUGUUGCGCGGAGAUGGACCUCUGGGAGGCCAACAAGAUCUCCACCGCAUUCACCCCCCAUCCGUGCGAUAACCCGGGUCAGACCAUCUGCACGGGCGACGCCUGCGGUGGCACGUACAGCUCCCAGCGAUACGCGGGUACCUGCGAUCCGGACGGCUGCGACUUCAACUCGUACCGACAGGGCAACAAGACCUUCUUCGGGCCCGGGAUGACCGUCGACACCAACAGCAAGGUGACGGUGGUAACGCAGUUCGUGACCAACACGGGCACCGCGUCCGGCACGCUCUCCGAGAUCCGGCGAUUCUACGUGCAGAACGGCAAAGUGAUCCCGAACUCGCAGUCCACCUGGUCCGGCGUGACCGGCAACUCGAUCACGAGCAGCUACUGCUCCGCGCAGAAGUCGCUCUUCAAGGACGAGGACUCGUUCGAGCAGCACGGCGGCCUGGAAGGCAUGAGUGCCGGAUUGGCACAGGGCAUGGUCCUCGUGCUGAGUCUGUGGGACGACCACAACUCGAACAUGCUCUGGCUGGACAGCAACUACCCGACCGACUCGGCGUCGACGACCCCCGGCGUGGCCCGCGGUUCCUGCGACAUCUCGUCCGGAGACCCCGCCGACGUCGAGGCCAACCACCCCGACGCCUACGUCGUCUACUCUAACAUCAAGGUCGGUCCUCUGGGCUCAACUUUCAACAGCGGCUCCAACCCUGGCACCGGCACCACGACCACCACCUCGCGGGCCACCACCACGACCACCAGCAGCGGAGGCAGCCAGACCGGCGUGGCUCAGCACUACGAGCAGUGCGGCGGUGGCUCUUGGACUGGAGCCACCAAGUGUGCCAGCCCGUACACAUGCACGAAGGUGAACGACUGGUACUCUCAGUGUCUGUAG